UCGGACUACCUUAGCCCCGCUGCCACCUCACCGUUGCCAUCGCCGUUGGUUCGCAAGUGUCGAGAUGAGCUCAGCUUUGGUGGCGCCCCUGGCGGCUUGCGGCGCCUGCAGCGAACCUUCUCUGAGGACAGCAAGCAGAGACGGAGAGAGAGCAUGCCCACCACACCGACUGGACCACAUCCCUCAUCUCCCGCUCCGGUUCAUA